AUGGCCUCCGACAGGGAAUACAGCUUGGUUCUGCUAGGCCCUACCGGCUACACCGGUCGGUUCUGCGCAGAGUACAUCGUGAAAAAUCACCCCACCGAUCUGAAAUGGGCUGUCGCAGGCCGCUCGGUGAACAAAAUUGAACCCAUCGUCCAGGAACUCAAAGCGCUCAACCCAGACCGCCGUGCGCCAGAUGUCCUCCCGGUCCAGCUAAACCCUACCGAGCUGAAGGAGCUUGCUCAGAAGACCAGAUUGAUCAUCAAUUGCAUUGGCCCCUACCACCUACACUCCACUCCGGUGGUCGAAGCUUGUGCCCAAAAUGGAACCCACUAUUUGGACGUGACCGGAGAGACACCCUGGAUUAAGCUCAUCAUCGACAAGUACCAUGAAACGGCCAAGGCCAAUGGCUGCAUUAUCAUCCCAUCUGCUGGCAUGGAAAGUGUCCCAGCGGAUAUUCUGGCAUGGGCUCUUGUCAAGCGAGUCCGCGAGGACCUUGGAUCGCAGACCUGUGGAAUCGACAGCUGCAUCAAGGACUUUAAAUCUUCUGGCGCCAGUGGUGGCACCCUUGACACCAUCCUGAGCAUCUUCGACUGGCUCCCAAUCUCGGAGCUUCUCAAGUCUACCGGACCCUUCUCGCUGACAGGCUCUGGUCCACUCAAGCAUGUCCCUAGCGACUCGAUCAUCACCAAGCUCUUUGGUCUGCGCUCUGUUCCUGACCUGGGUACCCUCACCACCUCCCCCAACGGCAUGGCCGACAUGGCCAUCGUUUACCGCAGCAGCACUCUGAUGCCCGAGUUGUACGGCAGUCGGUUCGUUUUCCAUCAGAUGCUAUACGUGCGCAACGCCCUGAUCGCCGUCGCCAUGCACAUCGGGUUCAACCUUUUCAUGGCGCUCCUUAUUUUCCCACCUGUGCGCUGGUUGCUACGCAAGUUUGUCUACGCACCCGGUGCUGGUCCGACGCUAGAGAACUCUCGCAAUGACCGGGUGGAGUACCAUGCCGUUGCGACCGCAGAUCAGGAUGUUCCCAAGCCGAAGCGCGUAUUCGGUAAGCUAACCUACGAAGGAACCAUGUAUGUGAUGACUAGUAUGCUUGUUUCGGAGGCUGCUAUGGUAAUCCUUCAACAAGAGGACAGGAUUCGCAAGGUUUCUCGUGGUGGUAUCGUUACCUCUGCCACACUGGGCCAGGAGUAUGUGGAUCGCCUGGAUAAGGCUGGAGUCCACAUUGAAACAAAGGUCUGGGAUUUUUAA